GAACAUUGAACCGCGAGAGAAGUGUGAAUCUGCGUGAAUCCGCGUGCCCUGCGAAUGCUAAUCCUUCGCCCCAAAACCGACAAUAUCCUUUGUACGAGCUGAUGCGAUGUCCACACAAUCGAAUCCGGAUCGAUUGAAACGGUUAGCGUACAUCGAGGACCAGCGAAACCAGAAACCGGGACACUGCAAUCGUUUCCUGCACGUCGUCAUUGAUCCAGAAUUCCUUCGAGAACCGCACGGUGCCCAGGUGCUACCGAAGCUCACGGAGCUGGGUUGCAAGUAUGAGCUGCAGCAACAAUCGAGCCCAUCGACCGUUACCUUCUAUCGCACCGUUCCAUCCAAAGUGACCACCACUGGGACCGUAUCGGACACGCGUGUAGACGAACCGUACGCUGUACUGCUGCUCGAUGGCGCAAGCUUCGUAUCCUACGUACGCAACCAUCAGCUUCUGGCCAUCGUUCGAUCGGUCAAGCAAGGGCUCCGGGAGGUCGGAAAUGAUGGUGACAAACAACUCGACAGACGGUUAAGUUUGCUGGUCUUUGGAUUGGUAAGCUACUGCCGGCAACACCGUGGAUGCGUUGGUCGCCGUCAGACUGAGCAAGCGCUCACCGAACUGCAGCUAUACGAGGACAUAUCCCAUCAGCUGCUGGAAACGGAUGAACAGGUGGGCACUUUCCUUGCUCAGUUGGCGCGUAGUAUCGCUGAACGACCAUACAAACAGCAACAGGAAGAACGGUACGGUGGUGCCGACCAGGGACAGUACUUUGGCAACGAGAAGAAAGGAUGCGUGCGAGUUGAAGGAACGGCCGGUUUGCAGCAGCUGUUCCAAGCGCAGCUUAUCAAAAUACCAUCGGUAACGCUAGAGAUUGCCGAAGCCAUCCUCAGUGUCUAUCCGACACUCCACGCACUGAUGGAAGCAUUUCGUGUGGCCGGGGAACAGCAUGCACCGAACCUACUCGCUUCGAUCGCGAUUCGCCGAGCAGGUGGUCCGAUUGCCACAUCCGCACGAAGGAUAGGACCGGAGUUGAGCCGCAAAAUCUAUCUACUGUACACUUCCACGAAUCCAAAACAAGAACUAUGAAUAGAGAUAUAAUGUGAAUUAUGUAAAGUAAAUUUUAUUCAUCUU